AAAAAAAAAAAAAGGCUGAGAACUUUGCUUGGACCUCACCACCCUCCGUUCUUAUAUUUACCCGCAUAGCCUCUCUCCUCUCAGUUUUCGUUUAGCCUCCAAAUAUUACCAAAGCAAUGGCGGAAUCAAAGACCAAACUCGAAGAAAUCAGAAAAUGGGUCUCUGAUCACAAGCUCCGUACCGUCGGUUGUUUAUGGCUCAGUGGUAUUACCGGUUCUAUCGCCUAUAACUGGUCUCAACCUGCCAUGAAAACCAGUGUCAAGAUCAUCCACGCCAGGUUGCACGCUCAGGCGCUGACUUUAGCUGCUUUGGCUGGAGCAGCCGUGGUGGAGUACUAUGACCACAAAACUGAAGCUACCAACCGCUAUCCGAAAUUUCUCCCCCCUGAAAACAUAUCUCACAAAGACUAAACUCUGAACCUCUAACAUGCAAUGGUGGUCACUGCGUAUUCUGUUUGCUACUACACGACAUGUAGCUAGAGAGAUUUUUUGUAAACCUUUCAGCUAAAACUUUCAUGUAUUCUUUAAAAACAAUUUGCUUAUCAUUUUAUCAUUCUUUGAUACUUUCAGAGAUAUUAUUCUGUGCUGCAUAUUGCACACCAGAUACAGAUUUGUAAGAGAUAACGUACUGAAAGGAAUAAAAUUCAUGAUUAAAUUUA